GUUACAUGAAGCCAGGUUGAAUACAUGGACUCACACACUGAAGAAUGAGCCUUCGAGACUUUCCACAAUACCUCAUGGAAACACUGAAAUGCUUGAGUUCACUACAUAAAUACGUUGUUGUGUUUAUGUUCCUUACAGCAGUCAGCAAAGGGUCAGCAUGUCAGGCUCCUUCCAGUCCUGAGUGCUUCAGAAGAAAGGCUGAUGAGACUGUUUACUUGUGUGAAUGGAGCAUGAAUACGACUGAGAGCGAUGUGACAUUUGUCCUUUACAUUGAUAAAGAAAAAAUUAGGAACAUUAAGCAGACCUGGUCUCAGGUCAACGAGGAGAAGCUUAUCAAAAAUCGAUCAGUUGACAUUUGGGUGGAAGCUCGCGCAGGAAACUCCAGCUGCACGUCGCCCAGGAGGUCUGUUGUACUUGGGGACACAGUUAAGUAUGCAGCACCACGAAAUAUUUCCAUGUCCUGGUUAAAAAACAACCUCAGCUUAAGAUGGAGGGCUGAAGAGGCGCAUCCAGCUUUAGCCGAGAUCCAGUUCCGACGAAAUGACGACCCCGCAGAAUCAUGGGAAAAAAGAACAACACAUACCACCAGUUACACAUACAAUGCCACUGUUGAGAAUCUGUUGAAGGAUUCAGCUUACAAGGUUAAAAUCAGACAUCGGUCCACUCAUGCCCGAAACCCACUGUGGAGCGGCUGGUCAUUUGUGACUGUUCCUGCAGAGCUUGAACAAAAACCUGAAGUUACCAUGGCAAUACAACUUUUAAAUGGCACUCGAAAGGUGACGUUAACGUGGAAGCCGAUGCCACAUGCAGCUGCAGCCAGUGGAGUGAAUUACAACCUGAACGACACACAGUCUUCUCAUGGAUGUCAUUGUCAGGGAAACAGAUAUCCCCAAAACACAUCUGAAAAUAGACACACCACUCAUGUCUCGUUCUCUGCCGUCAACAUCUCUGUUAUCGCCAAAAACGCAGCAGGGUAUUCUCCAACAGCAAUCGUACAAAUUCCAGCCGAAGUUGCUACAGAUUUAAAAAUUUGUGACAAAACAUUACUGAAUGAAACAUUAAAUAAGACAACUUGCCUUGAGUUGUACGAGCUUCAAGAUGGGGAUUCCAUGCCAGAAAAUGUGAUCACAUUAACAGGAAGGAAGAAGAAUAAAAAUAAAGCGAAGCAAAUAAGAAAGAACAUAAAGAACUACGUUCGCUACCUUUACUUUGAACACAGAUGUAAUGGUGGGAAACCGCAGACAGUUAAAAUGUGCAUCUUUUAUAAAAAGGAGGGUGUUCCGAGCAAAAAACCUCAGGACUUAAUUUCUUUUAGUGAAACACACACUUCUGUUAACUUGUCUUGGAAAGCGAUUCCCUUUGCAGACCAGAAAGGUUACCUCACGCACUACCGCCUCUGCAGCGUGACCAUCAGCUCACAGGAUGUGUCGAAAGCGUGCUUUAACAUAUCAGCCUCACUGAUGAAAUACCGUCUGGAAAACUUGGCACCGGGUGCUAAAUACAACAUCAGCCUGGCUGGAAUGACACGAGUGGGGGAAGGACCUGAAGCUACAGUAAUGAUCAACACGCUGCCAGAGAAGCCUGUGAAUGUGUGGUGGAGUCUUGGCUUGCUGUUUCUGUUCUUUUUCAUGACCACAGUGUGCACCUGUAUCUUUAAGAGAAUCAAAAGCAAGGUCCUCCCUCCUGUGCCGACACCUGUUAUUCCAGAUUUCAUUCCUUAUCAACCAGAGAGUCAGGAGUUACUGGAGAGAAAGGAGGAGGUGCAUGAGCUGACGCUGCACCAGCUACUUCCAGAGGGCAAGUCUGUCCCUGAGGACGCAGAGGAGACCGAUGUCCUCACAGGAGAGUGGGAUAGUGGCACUGACGAGGACGUGGAGAACAAGAGGGGUGAUUCACGGAUGUCAGGAGGAUCCAGUGAUCAAUCUUUGGAUCCCAGCUCCACAGAUGAGGCACUGAGGAUCUCCAGAGAAGGAGAAAUGGCGGAUCUCGAACAAGUGGACAACGAGAUCGCCAUGCUGAUAUACAGGAAUGGUUUGGUCUUCGAUGUAAAGACGGACUCGCCUUAAUCUCUAUCUCUCUUGGCAACGGGACAAGAUUUUGGUAUCGGAAGCGUUUCUGUUUUCCGUUUGUAGUCCAAGUAGUAUUGACCAAUCAUCUUUAGCGGGCUUUGGUUGCAUGCAGGUAAACAGUGGAGAGCAAAAGAGGCAGAACGCAUUGGCCGAAAUGCAAUCUUGGAACCCAUCAGCUGUCGUCUGACCAAGAUUUAGCAGAUGUCUGUUUAUAGAGACAUCAUCUCUGAACUCCAACUCCAUUCUCAUGUCUCAAGGUGCUAAUCGGACCCAGCACACGGAAAAGGAAGUCUUGGCCUGGAUAUCUGUUAUCCGGAUAUCCGCUGGCUACACCGGAACCCCAGAAAAAUGGUCCGUUGCCCCCAGUGGCUAAAUUAGAUCAGACCGAUGGGUUACGAGAUUGGACUGGCCUCAAAAUGGAUUUAACUGGUUUUACUGCCUCAUAGCACAAAAUUGUAACUAACAUAUCAAGGGUCGACAUAUUUGUUGACUUACACUAAAGACUGGAAGCAGUGCUUAAUUUGUAAAGUGGGAAGUCCCGGAGCGUA